GAAUUGCAAUAGCAGAGGGCUGUUAAUCGCGUUGUAAUUUUUUGAACAUAAAUAAGCCUUCAAAUACAAUUAGAAAGAAGCGCUGCAAAAGGAUCUGAAUCUUGAACACCGUAGGCGACUGAGCGAGUUUAAACUCAACUCCUCCAUCUUAUAAUUGGAAAUAGUAUUCUGAAUGGAGAAGGGCAAAGGAUUGAUGGUGGACGGCCGGCGAUGGGCCGUUGAUUUCUCCGACAAUUCUUCGUCGAACUCGACUCGCGACAUUGUUGAUCCUCCUGGUUUCACCCGUGCUUCUCAAGAUCAGGACGAUUCGACUCUCAGCCGCCAAAAAAAGGAUGCCGAAUCCAACUGGAAGGCACAGAAAGCUUGGGAAGUGGCCCAGGCGCCUUUGAAGAAUUUGUUCAUGAUGGGCUUCAUGAUGUGGAUGGCUGGUAGCACUGUUCAUUUAUUUAGCAUUGGUAUCACAUUUUCAGCUCUUUGGCAACCCAUAAGCGCCCUGCAAGGCGUUGGAAAGGUCUUUGAGCCUUACAAGGACAGUAAAGUUGAUCUUCUUGGACCUAAGUUGCUGUUUAUUGCCCUUAACCUCGGAGGCUUAGCAUUAGGUGUUUGGAAGCUAAACACUUUGGGGCUUCUGCCAACUCAUGUAUCCGACUGGGUUUCGUCUCUACCGCCUGCUCAGGAGGUCGAAUUUUCUGGUGGUGGCAUUUCUCUUCGUUAAGACAAACACCGCUCCAAAACCGACCGAGGAAAUAGGAGCUGCUCGUUGAAGAUUGAAUAUCAUGGGCGGAUUGCUUGUGUUGUGCAAGAACAUGAUGGUAUCGCUUUAUAUUACUCCUGGAUGGAUUGUGCUUGAUGAAGAACAAUGCUAUACAGAUGUGCUGAAGGCACAGCUAUUGUUUUACUUAGGAUGUUACUGACUGGUAAAACCAUCUCACACGGUAUGCUAAUAUGCCUUGGUCUCUGUAGGUCCGGGAACAAAAUGCUUUACUUGGAAUUCGAUUAACAUAUUUUGAUUUUUUUUUUUUUA